AUGGCUGCUGCUGAGACUCCCAAGAAGGCCGGCGGCCGCGCUGCCACCUCCCCCAGAGACGAUGCCAAGCUCACCGAGCGCGAGAUCGAGAUCCUAUCCAAGGCUUGGACGUGCAUGCGCAACCAGCCAGAGAUUGACAUGAACAAGCUCGCCGACGCGCUCGGGAUGACCAACGUCGGAAGCGCCACCAACGCCUGGGGCCGCAUCAAGAAGAAGCUCUUCAGCGGCAUCCCGGCCGCCGCCGGCGGCGGCAGCGGCUCCGUCACCGCCACGGCGACCCGGAAGCGCAAGUCGCCCGCCAAGGCGACGGCCGCCGACGACGGCCGGGACGACGAGGACGAAGCCGCCGCCGCUGGCGAGACCCCGGCCAAGAAGCGCAAGGCCGGCCGGCCCCGCAAGAACCUCCCCCACGCCAAGGUCAAGAGCGACGCCGGCGCCAGCGAGGAGGCCGAUGCCGCCGCCGCCGCCGCCGCCCGCCCCGGUCGCGAGGAUGACGACCAAGUCAAGGACGAACCAAAGCCCGAGGAGGAUGAGGAGGACCCGAAGAAGCCCGCCAAGGGCUCGGUUGCCGGCUUCAAGGCCGCCAACCGCGAGGUCGACAUGUCCGGCUCGGCCUAAGGGCCACCAC